UUCGAUCCUUCUACGUCUCCUUCGUCUGCCGGCCCAGGAAAAGGGGCCGCUUCUUCCUCGCUCCGUUUACUGCAGUCAAACAAGGAGGACUACAGGACCGAGAUCCACACCGAGGCCAUCCUGUACGCAGACAGAGAGAAGUAGCGUCUGGCGAAGGAAAUUUUCCCGAUAUUUUUCCAAAUCUAUCCGGCGAUCUUGCUUGCAAUUAGGAAAUUAUAUACUCACAGAGAGGUAGCGUCAGGAGAAGAGCGAUCUCAGAAUCCGGCCUGUUCCGGUAUCUUUCCGGCGAUCUAUCUCGUGAACGCCUCGAUGCAGAACGCCAAUGGAUCUACUGCUGGUUCCAGCUCCGCAUCGGGUGAAGCAUCUGCUCCCCUGAGGAAUUCCAAGCGGCCCAAGUAUUCAAGAUUUACACAGCAGGAGCUUCCAGCAUGCAAACCUAUUCUCACACCAAGAUGGGUUAUCUCCGUGUUUACUCUCAUUGGCAUCAUCUUUGUCCCAAUCGGCCUUGCAGCACUAGCGGCUUCCAACAAGGUUGUCGAGAUCGUGUAUCGUUAUGAUGAUGAUUGUGUUCCACCAAACAUGGUUAACAUGAAGGUUGCAUACAUUCAGAAUGAUACGAUAGACAAAACUUGCACUAAAACUCUUAAGGUGCCAAAGCACAUGAGUCAACCUAUUUAUGUGUAUUAUCAACUGGACAACUUCUACCAGAACCAUAGGAGGUAUGUGAAGAGCCGAAAUGAUGCACAAUUGCGGAAAGCUAGUGAGGCAAAUGAAACCAGUGGUUGUGAUCCAGAAAGGACAGCAAACGGUGCGCCAAUUGUUCCGUGCGGUCUUAUAGCAUGGAGUUUGUUCAAUGAUACGUAUAGCUUCGCCAUCAGAAACAGAAAUUUGACGGUGAACAAGAAGGAUAUUUCUUGGAAGAGUGAUAGGGAUCACAAGUUUGGAAAAGACGUCUAUCCAAGGAAUUUCCAAAACAGCACUCUGAGAGGUGGUGCGAAACUCAACCUAACAAAACCAUUGAGCGAACAGGAAGACCUGAUUGUUUGGAUGCGUACUGCUGCACUUCCGACAUUUCGGAAGUUGUAUGGGAGGAUUGAGCAGGACCUUGUUAUUAACGAUGCUAUUACCGUUCAACUGCAAAAUAACUACAACACUUACAGCUUCAGUGGCAAGAAAACAUUGGUGCUAUCAACAUCAAGUUGGAUUGGCGGGAAGAAUGACUUUCUUGGCAUUGCUUAUCUGACUGUUGGAGGCUUAUGCUUCUUUUUAGCUGUGGCAUUCACCAUCGUCUACUUGGUAAAACCAAGGAAGCUUGGGGACCCUUCGUACUUGUCAUGGAAUAGAAACCCUGCCGGCCACUAAGUUUUCCCAAGGAAUAUUUCAAUUUCUGCUUGUUCGCAUCUAUUUCAUUCCAUUUUCAGAGAAAACGUUAUGAAUCAGUUGUCUUCGGUUUGUUCAUAAGUCAGUCAACAACUUCAUCAAUUGUUAAAAUUGUUUUCUGUCUUUUAAUCGUAGAAGUAAUAUCAUUUUGGAUGUUGACAAAUUAGUAUUUAUCAUAAACAAGUUUCAAGGAUUAUU